CCUUAACCCACUGAGCAAGGCCAGGGAUGGAACCCGCAACCUCAUGGUUCCCAGUUGGAUUUAUUUGUGCUGCGCCACGACUGGAAUCGCUCCUUUGAUGUGCUUUCCUGAGUUCCCCCAGGGCUCAUUGGUCCACCCUUGGAAGAGGCUGUUCUCACAGAUGACCAUGACAUCUUCUGUCUUGCUCAGUAAAUACUGCUCCAAGAGGAAAGGGAGAACAUCAACACAUAAGUCAUAAAGGUGAAGGAGGAGACGCACGCAGCCAUGCACACUUUUUACAGCAGUUCGCUGCUGGUCUCAUGAAGGUCACUGCUAGUCACAGACAUCAGUCAUCAUGGACGGAUUUUAGUGUUUUUCUAGAUAUGAGGAGAAGCAAGAGUUAGGCACAUAAAAUCUUCUCCUAAAAAUAUCUGACUGUCCGAAGGCCUGUUCUUCCAGACAGAGUGUCUCACUCCUGGUCUCCACCCUGAGCUCCACUCAGGGGGUGAUGCGGGUCGGCAGCUGCAGUGGCUUAUGUUCUACUCCAUGUAGAGGCUGAUGGCAAGCACCAAGCUUCAGUUCACAAGAGCCCCAGCGAGUGGCCCUAGAACAAGUAGGCAUUGUCCAUGCUGUCUGUCCAGCAUGGCAGCCACUGGCCAUGUGGGGCUGUGGAGCCCUUGAGGGGCAGCUAAUCUGAAUUGAGAUGUGCCAUAAAUAUAAACUGUACAGGGGCAUUUGGAGACUUGGUCUGAAGAAAAGAAGGUUAAAGACUUCAAAAGGAUUUGAAAUGCCUAUUACACUUUACAGUCCCAUUUUGGAUGUAUUGGGUUAAAUAAAUUACAGGAUUCAUAUUAAUUUCACCUAUUUUUCCUUUUUUUAAUGUGGCUUACAUGGUUUUUCUUUUGGAGAGUGCUUGCCGGUCUAAACCCUACUCAUCCAUUUGUGUGUGUGCAUGUAUGCAUGUGAAGGGUCCUUACAUGUCACUUCACAUGUCACUGUGACAUGUAAAAGAUUUCUCCAGGAUUUCUCUUUCCUGCCCUUCUUUCUCUGUCUUCCUGCUUCCUUUCCUUCUUUCUUAUCUUUCUCUCUCUCUCUCCCCCUCCCUCCAUCCCUUCCUCUCCUCCUUUUCUGUUCACUCAUAGCUAGCCUGCUAAAUGAAUCUCUGGGAAUCCUUUGAACCCUGACCAGGUGGCUCAGCAGAAAACAGAGUGCUUUAUCCCCACCCACAAAAUUAGGAAGUUAAUCACCAUCUCCAGCUCCCCUCCUUAUGCUUAAUACCCUAGAAAAUUGUGGAAUUUUUGGUUUAUUUGUUUUAUUUGGGGGUGGGUAGUGGCCCAUCUUUUUAACAGUUCCUGAGGAGAGUCUGACAUCCCUUCCCAACUCUGCCUUGAGAACCACCACUUUGGUUUUCUUCGGUGUGGGGGAGUGUCCAAGGGUUUCCAAGUGGCAUCAGAACCAUCUGAGGAGUGAAAUGUCAACUCCUGAGCUCUGCAUGCUGGUGUUUGCUAGGAAUGUGGCUGGAUUUACACCCACCUAGUCAGUGGGCAUAUUUGCCUGCCUAGCUCGACAGUGCAGCCUGGUCUGUAGUGUAGGCCUAAUUUCUACUUCAACGAAGCACUGUCUAAUGAGGAUACAGCUGGGGUGGAUGCAGCUGGUCCUCCCCAACCCCCCCCCCCCCGUCCCACCCCCACUCAGCAGGCAGCACCUGAUGAUGGCAAAUUUUUUUUAAGGGGUCAUCCUUUCCUGCAACACUUUGGUGAAAAGGACAGCAAGAGGGCAGAUGGUCAAGAGUAGCUGGACGGUAUGUGGCCUGUCCACAGGUUCUGAGGGACAGUUCUGUGGUUAGACAGCCAUGUUCACAUCCUGGCCCCGCUACCUGUCAGCUGUGUGACCUGGUGGCAGUUGCUUGAACUCUCUGGGCCUCCUUUGUUCCUUCAUCUGUAAAUGUUAACAGCUUUUAAAGGGGAUGGUUAUUAAAGUUGCUGGUUGGCAAGCCAUGGGUGAUGCUGGCCGCUGCUCUGCUCUGUUAUGGGCUUACUUCUGGUGAACUUCAGCCUUUGAUCAGCCAGGAGCAUCCAGCUGAUGUAAUGGGCUUAGCCAGGAACAUCUGUGAGCCCCCCGGGCAGGUUCAGACGUGGGAAGAGCAAGGACACCUGGAGGAGGUGGUGGAGGGGGAAGACGCUUAAGGCGAGCAGUGCUCAGAGGCUUCCGGAGCUGGUUGCUGAGUCUGUGGCUUUUUGGCUCUUUAGAAAUGCACACGCCCUGGUGAAGCACAGCUCCCUCGCCCUUGGACAAGCCUUCCGCAGCUAGUAUAGAGGAAUGACUGUCCUUGUACCAGUGACUGAGCAAGACUGGGCAGGAUGGAAACGAGGAAAGGAAAUCGGCUGACGCAGGAGCCCGAGUGAGACGAAGAAACCCACAAGCCCAGCCUACACCAUGAACUUGUGUCUCCCGUCUACGCUUUAAGAGCCCAGGGCAGGUGAAGUUGCCAGAGAGCAAUGGCUGUCUUUACUCCGUGGAAGCUGUCCUCGCAGAAGCUGGGAUUUUUCCUAGUGACUUUUGGCUUUAUUUGGGGAAUGAUGCUCCUGCAUUUUACCAUCCAGCAGCGAACUCAGCCCGAGAGUAGCUCCGUGCUGCGGGAGCAGAUCCUGGACCUCAGCAAGAGGUACAUCAAGGCGCUGGCAGAAGAAAACAGGAACGUGGUGGAUGGCCCCUAUGCGGGGGUCAUGACUGCUUACGAUUUGAAGAAGACUCUUGCUGUGUUGUUGGAUAACAUUUUGCAGCGUAUUGGCAAGUUGGAGUCAAAGGUGGACAACCUUGUCAUCAAUGGUACAGGAACAAACUUGACCAACUCCACCACAGCUGUUCCCAGCUUGGUAGCACUUGAGAAAAUUAAUGUGGCAGAUAUCAUUAAUGGAGCUCAAGAAAAAUGCAUAUUGCCUCCUAUGGAUGGCUAUCCCCACUGCGAGGGGAAAAUCAAGUGGAUGAAAGAUAUGUGGCGCUCGGACCCCUGCUACGCAGACUACGGAGUGGAUGGGUCCACCUGCUCCUUUUUUAUUUACCUCAGUGAGGUUGAAAACUGGUGUCCUCAUUUACCUUGGAGAGCAAAAAAUCCCUAUGAAGAAGCUGAUCAUAAUUCAUUGGCAGAAAUUCGUACAGAUUUUAAUAUUCUCUACAGUAUGAUGAAAAAGCAUGAAGAAUUCCGGUGGAUGAGACUGCGGAUCCGGCGAAUGGCUGACGCAUGGAUCCAGGCAAUCAAGUCCCUGGCAGAGAAGCAGAAUCUUGAAAAGAGAAAGAGGAAGAAAGUCCUUGUUCACCUGGGACUCUUGACUAAAGAAUCUGGAUUUAAGAUUGCGGAGACAGCAUUCAGUGGUGGCCCUCUUGGUGAACUGGUUCAGUGGAGUGAUUUAAUUACAUCUCUGUACUUACUGGGCCAUGACAUUAGGAUUUCAGCUUCACUGGUGGAGCUCAAGGAGAUAAUGAAGAAGGUUGUGGGAAACCGAUCUGGCUGCCCAACCGUAGGAGACAGAAUUGUUGAGCUCAUUUAUAUUGACAUCGUAGGACUCGCUCAAUUCAAGAAAACCCUCGGACCAUCCUGGGUGCAUUACCAGUGCAUGCUCCGAGUCCUGGACUCAUUUGGCACAGAACCAGAGUUCAACCACGCCAACUAUGCCCAGUCGAAAGGCCACAAGACCCCCUGGGGCAAGUGGAAUCUGAACCCACAGCAGUUUUACACCAUGUUCCCUCAUACCCCAGACAACAGCUUCCUGGGGUUUGUGGUCGAACAGCACCUGAACUCCAGCGACAUCCACCACAUUAAUGAAAUCAAGAGGCAGAACCAGUCCCUUGUGUAUGGCAAAGUGGAUAACUUCUGGAAGAAUAAGAAGCUCUACUUGGACAUCAUUCACACGUACAUGGAAGUCCACGCCACUGUUUACGGCUCCAGCACAAAGAACAUCCCCAGCUACGUGAAAAACCACGGGAUCCUCAGUGGACGGGACCUGCAGUUUCUUCUCCGUGAAACCAAGCUGUUUGUUGGCCUUGGGUUCCCUUAUGAGGGCCCGGCUCCCCUGGAGGCCAUCGCCAAUGGAUGUGCUUUCCUGAAUCCCAAGUUCAACCCACCCAAAAGCAGCAAAAACACAGACUUUUUCAUUGGCAAGCCAACUCUGAGAGAGCUGACUUCCCAGCAUCCUUAUGCUGAAGUUUUCAUCGGCCGGCCACACGUUUGGACUGUUGACCUCGACAAUCAGGAGGAAGUAGAGGAUGCAGUGAAAGCAAUUUUAAGUCAGAAGAUUGAACCGUACAUGCCGUAUGAAUUCACAUGUGAGGGGAUGCUCCAGAGAAUCAACGCCUUCAUCGAGAAGCAGGAUUUUUGCCACGGGCAAGUGAUGUGGCCGCCCCUCAGUGCCCUGCAAGUGAAGCUUGCGGAGCCCGGGCAGUCCUGCAAGCAGGUGUGUCAGGAGAACCAGCUCAUCUGCGAACCUUCCUUCUUCCAGCAUCUCAACAAGGACAAGGACAUGCUGAAGUAUGAGGUGAUCUGCCAAAGCUCAGAGCUGGCCAAGGACAUCCUGGUGCCCUCCUUCGACCCCAAGAGCAAGCACUGUGUGUUUCAAGGUGACCUCCUGCUGUUCAGCUGUGCUGGUGCCCACCCCAGGCACCGGAGGAUCUGCCCCUGCCGGGACUUCAUCAAGGGCCAGGUGGCGCUCUGUAAAGACUGUCUAUAGCGGCCCCCAGCUCCGCCCCCUGUGCUCUACUGGGGAAAACAGUGGCUCCAGCCCCUGGGGGCAGGACCAGGGAGCAGAAGUCAUCAGGGGCUCUCGCCAGAGCCUGAACUUUCUGGUGGAAGGUCUCCAUUUGCUGUGGCUCCUGCUGUGGUCAGCAUCCCAGCGGGGUUUUUCACCAACACAAAACGAGAGCUGACGUCAAGCUGGGAGCCUGGCUUUCUCCCUGGCGCACCUUCGUUUUUAAUUCUGGAGGAGCUACUAUAGGGAGACUGACUGUGCAGCUGCUCCAGGGUAGAAAGAGAAUCUUAAGAUUCAUUUAAACAAAACUAAACCAGAGGAGGAAUUGAGCUGAUCGGAAAGACCUUUGGACGGGAACAUUCCUAAACCCAUUAACUUAUUUAUUUGGGAGGGAGGGAGGGGAGCUGGGGAGGGCAAAGAGGGACUGAUCACACGUCUCGUUGCUUCUUUGAUUUUCCACUGGUGGCCAUCCACCUUCACGAUAAUAUUCCUGCUGUCUGCUCUGGGCAGGGUGCUCGUCGGGGUGCUGGUGGCAUGCUUGAGGGCAGCUGUGGAGACCUAGCUCCUCCAGGUGGAUGACGGCAGAACAGAAAAUAAUCUUGUGUGCUUGACAGAUGGCAGCUAGGGGGCAGGCACCCCCCUGGGCGUGGGGGGACGUGUCUGGGUGGUCCAGAAACCCCAGCCAGGGACCAAAGAUGGGCUGCUUUGCAGUGAAGGUGAAAAGCUUCUUUCCUCGGUCCACUCCUCCCCCCAAAAAAGCCACACCCACACACUCCUUGACCAUAAUUUCUGGUUAGGGUUCCUUCAGGGAAGAAAUGCAAGAUGGGGGGAAUGACAUUUGCCAACUUGUGGCAAAUUCACUCUCCCUCCUGCACCACUAGAAGGAGGAAAGUAGAAAUAAGAGGCUAAAGGAGCUACCCUUAGACUUGGAGGUCAUGCUCUUUACGCCUUGAGAGGUUGUCUUUCAGCUGAGAUUUGGAUAGGAGUGAAGUUGGUCCCUAGGAACCAGUGGCACCACCAGAGCUGGGCUCCAGACAGGUGGCUUGUGUUAUAUUCCCUCUAAUGUCUGACGUCACCAAAGUCCAGGGAAUGGGGCUCCCGGUGAACUUGAUGUUGGCUGGGGGGAGCAAGGGCAGGCCAGGCAAGGAUGAAUGUGCAGGGUCCUGGACACUUACCUGUGAGUGUGGGUGCGGCUUGCAAUGGGGUAGGAUCUGAUGCUGGCACGUCCUCCAGGCACAGUAUUCUGAGGGGUGAACCGGUUGGCAGGUUGGACCAAACCAUGCAGUCCUUAUGCACUGCUUUUGUGUGAGUCCUCAGCCCCUCUGCACCCCCUACCCCCAUCCCACCCCACCCCAUUUCAUUGCUUUACAUAUACAUGUGUGUGUUUCCUAUGAAGCCCCUGGUGUCUCUGUGCUGGUAAGAGUGACCCCUGUUCUUUCUCUGGCAGAAUGUCCCCAUUAUGAGCUGUCCGUGAUCUGCCCAGCCUUCACUGAUGGUUCUGAGUGCCUUGGUCGCCUAGCACUGUGCACCAUGCCAGCAUGCCAUGGGGGCAGCAGCCAGGCUCUGCCAAGCAGAACAGAUAGGCAAGGCCAGUGGCUGGGUAGGCCUUUGGGACAUGAGGUUAAAGUUAGAAUUCUGCUUCCUGAGGACCAGAGGGAGUGUGAAGCCUUUAGGUAUGGAAAGUUAGAUUCCUCCUGCUUCUUGCUUUUCCUUGGGUAUAAAAUUAAUAUCAAAUGAAAAGCCAGCCUUUUUUUUUUUUUUUUUUUUUUUUUUUGGACCCUUUUGGGGAUCUUAAUUGCACCUCCCAUCUUAGAGAAUAGGAGGGAGGGGAGGGCAGCCAGCAUUUCCCCACCACAAAGGUGACCCACAAACACAUGUGCCAAGGAGAAUGCUGAUAAGGAGGACCUCUGCCCUGAGCAUCGAUGCAGGGUGCCCCUCACCAACUGGCUGAGAACAGCAACAAGGGCAGAAGUCUACAGGAAAGCCUGGUGAUUUGGGCGUGAAUGCCAGGGUGCUUUUAAGCUUUGCAAGGGCAGCCUCCUGCAGUGGGAUGGAACAACUGCCAUUCCUGCUGUUAGGAACUGCUUUUCCCUGGUUCUGGGCUUCCCGGCUGCAGCCUUGCUAGUGGGAAUUUGCUUGAGCGCCCAGACUUGCACAUUCCUGGGUCAGUGCUGCCCUCUCCUGGGCUCUUCUGGGAGCUUCCAGGACUAAGGAUGUGAGUGCAGGUGUUUGACCAGCAGGGGGAGCCUGUGAGCCAAAACCCACGUCCCCACGCUUUGCCAGAUGAACCCGUUUCGCAGAGAGCUGUUAGAAGGAGCACAGAAACUCAGAGCAAGGAAGCUGGAAAGCCCUGUUCUCAGAAGGAUGCUGUGCCAUCCAGCCUUAUGUUCCGGAAGUUGCAGGGAUUGUUUGCUGGCUGCCCCUGAGCUCAGGGCCCCUCCGCCUUCUCAAGAAUUCCUCUUGCCCACAUCAGGACCCCCUGAUCAAGCAGCCAGGAGAGGACUUCCCCCAUUGGAAGAUCCCUCAUUUCCCCCAUUCCAGUACUGGCCUGAAAUAAGCCAGAGUUCUGCCCAAAGGGUUGCAGCUCCUGGGGCAAAGAAACACACACUCCAGUUGUUAAGCAUUAUGAGUAGAGGUGGAGACACCAGAUAUAUACCCGCUCCCAGGUCUCCACAAACUUGGCCCAAGUCUGGUCAGUGACACCCAAGAGGACAUUGGUGUCAUCUGCCCUGUGAGGAAGGUGUGCAUUAUCCGCCUGCCCUGGGAGAGAAAGGAGCCUCAGAGCGUGCACUGGGAGCUGAUGCCAGUCUUGAUAGAAUCCUGCGCCAAUUUGUAACUGAUGGCAGUUCUACAGGGAGACAUAUCUUCAAUCAGAGUUAGUGUCUUCCUGUGUUCUAUCUCUUAUCUCUCGUCUGGUCUUUUUAGUUUUUGUACGUUUUUUUCUUAAAUGAGCUUGGAUUUUUUUUUUCCUUCACUGUGAUCCUAAGUUCUUUAAAAAAAGAAAAAAAAAAGUGAGGAAAAUCUUUAAUUUAUUAUAGGAGAGAGAGCUUACCUUUGAAACGUAAAGACUUUCAAGAGUCAAAACUCCUGAAAGAGGAAACACACUUCUACUGCCAGUAAACACCUCAUUUAUUUUGUGUCUGUAACUUGAUUUGCACAUGUACAAUUGGACAAACGUUUUGCGGUUUUGCUUAGAUUGGGUUUUUGUCACUGCUUAAGAGUUUACUUUUGUAUUUGCUUUUAUGUUUGGAAAUACUGAGAGCCCUUUUCUUUGGUGAUAUUUAUUGUUUCUCUGAUGUGCCUUUUCACUUUUCUUUGGGGUCAGUCUUUGGAAUCUGGGUUUUGCUGAAGAAAGAUGCCUCCAGCUUGGAGCUAGGGCAUGUCCUGGCAUUGUCACAGGCAACUCAGGCUGGGGGCCAGAAAUGCCCUCCAAGCCCCUCAGCCACAGCCUGCAUGCACAGACACCCCCCUGAAGGUGUAAGAGCCCCAAGAGAAGGACUGGCUUCCAUGACCAGCCCACACCCUGACAGGCUGCUCCAUCAGGCCUUUGUGUUUGUCUGGGAACUGCUGAUGGACACGUGCCCGCAGGCCUGUGCUCCGAGCCACCCUGGCACUGGCUGAGGGGCAGCCACGCCUGAGACAUGCCUGCCUGAGGGGAAGCUGCCCCACUGAGCUCAUGGGAAGGACUGGCCCCAAACCCCUUCACCUGGUUAGCAUGACAGAGGGGAAAGAAUAUGCAGCCCCUCUUGUUUCCCUGCCCUGGCAAACAUGGCAACUUCUCCCCAGUGCAGCUCACUGGUAGUGGAGGCCUGAAUGCAAACAGCUGCAGUGAAACUGCUGCUUAUGGGAGGGUUUAGUGUUUAUUUACACCAACCAAGGCAGGCGGCCCUAUUCUCCAAGGUGGUUUACCUAGAUUGUGUAUGUAAUUGGGACUUUGCCACCUUCUCCCAUGCCUGCCACCACCCCCAUCUUUUUUUUCUUUUUUCUUUUUUAAGGUCUAUUAACGACAGGCUCUGCUAUGUUACUCUCCCGAGCCUGGAUUGUUUUAUUUAUUGAAAAAAUUUUCAUUUCCACCUUGGCUUCAUUCUAACCCCAUCCUUCCCUCUGAGGCCACAGAGCACCUUUCUGGGAAGAGAUGGACAGAUGUAAAGCCACCCAGACUUCUUUGGGAAGGUGAGAAUUUCCUAAAGCGGAGGGCAGGUUCCUUUCCUUCUCGUUGGCUUCAAGGGGGAAAAAAAAAAAAAAAAGGAAAACCAAGUUUUUCUAGAAAAGGCCAAAUUAGCUGUUUAGUGUCCGAUGCAGAAGACAAUUACCCUAGCUUUCUUAGCACUUAGGGUUCUUGUGAGGAUUCAGUGUUUAGCAGUGUCUGGCAUAGAGUAAGCCCUAGUCAAUGUUAAGUAGUGUUGUUAUUUGCAUUUCAUAAAAUUUGAGAGAAAAGAGCUGAGCUCACCUCCUAUCACUGAUUCCAAAGUAAUACCUAUAGGAAAAGACUAAGUUGAUGGAAAGUUGUAGGAGUGACUGGUUUAGAACACCCGAGUCCCAUGCCCACCCUGCUGAUGGAAACAUUAUUGUGUGCAGGAAUGCAGUGAUUUGAAACUAUGCCUGCCUUCAGCCCAGGUGGAACUGGCCUACAAGAAAUUUGUAAACUGGAGAUAAGGGGUGACCUCUGGCCACAGGCUGGAUCCCACCCCACUGAUACCUUCAAGCCCCUUCAAGGGUUUCUCUUUGCAGAAGUUUUUGAGCUUGGAAUUAAAAUGAAUUCUCUGACAGACUGUCUGUCCCCUUAGAGCUAUCUAUCUUCCUCUAAAAUGCAAUAAAAGAGGCUUUUUUAUUUAAAGGGAAAGGGAAUGACCCAGUCCACUUACUCCUUCCCCGGGAAGUCCCUUUGCUGCCCCCUGCUGGCCAGGGUGGCUCCUCCACUGUCCAGUCCAGGAGGAUCAGACUCCCGAGCUGGUGAGAUGCUAUGUUGGUAUCAAAUUAAAGUUUAAUUCCACAGGGGUGGCAGGGCUCUUCAGAACUCCAAGAGGCUACUCCUGGCUUAAUGAUGUUGUCCCAAGUCACCCAAAUGUCAGUUUGCUUUUUGUGUUAUUAGGAUUUCAGCCUCUUAACUUCCCUGUAUAGAUUUAGAAUUUUAUUUCCUCUCCUAGCUUGGCCCUAUUCUGGAUAGACUGUAGUUGUUGAAAAUAGAGGAAUGUGUUGGAGUCCAGUGUCUUUUUAAGAUCCUUUGGAUUCUCUGCAGCUGAAUUGCAGUCUUAUCCUUCUGUAAGUAUUGGCAUUUACCUUCUUCAAAGCAUCAUUUCCUCUAUUUUCCCGGAUUCUGCGGCACCUUAGGAUUACACCCUGAGUCCCCUGCAGCUGGUGAGGCAUGACAGGGACAGAAGGGUAACCCUGUCAUCACAUGGUGGGCAGGACCCUGUGUCUGUGGGGGUGGUCUGGGUGCCCAGAGCACUUGCAGUGCUGGAGUCUCCCUGGGACAGCCGGGCGGGAGCCUAGCACAGUCAGCCAUGUCCACCGAGGCUCCAGUGGAGCAAACUUGGGAAACCUUUGCUCACUGUCCUGUCUAGCAGGACAAGCAAGAGUGGAACGAUCGAUGCCAAAGGAGAGGGUGACGUCCCUUCUGCUGUAGUUGCUGUCACAACCUCGAUGUCUGUAAGCUAAUGGCCGUUCGUGUUUAUGUCUUCAACCAGCAACUGGUACGACCAUUUUCUACUGUUCACUUCCGGGGUUAAGUAGUGCAGGAGUCUGCAAAUAAGGUGUUGUUGUCCAAUGUACUGUACCAGUGUAGAGAGCACUGCUUUGUUUUCCACUGUUGUAGAGAAAACUAGGGAGAACUUUAUUUUUCAAUAAACUUUUCUUGUGUGA